CUUCAAUAAGAUAUCAGAAGAUAACUCACGAAUUUAAAAACAUCUGGCAAAAUGGGCGAGAAACAUCUACGGAGCGGUAGCGAAUUUCCCCAAAAGGUGAAUAAUGGGUUGCGACUGUACUCCACCAACUACUGCCCCUACGCUCAACGGGUACGAAUAGUAAUCGCUAUCAAGAGUAUUCCAUGCGAAAUUGUAAAUGUGCAUUGUUUGGAUAAGCCUGAAUGGAUAUCUACCCUGCACCUUUCAGGGAAGGUGCCCAUAUUCGACGCGGGGUUAGCGAUACUAACCGACAGUCUCCUGAUAUGCAACUACCUGGACGAAGAGUACCCCAAACCCGUUCUUCAUUCGAAGAAGAUCGACGAACGCGAUCACGACUCAGUACUGCUAAGGGACUUCGAUGACCUGCUCGUCCACUUCGACAAAGUCCUGAAUAAUCACGAUCUUGCCGAUUUCCUCGAAUUACUCAAGCACGUCGAAAGGUACGAGGAAGAGCUAGGCAAGCGGGGUAAAUACUUUGGAGGCUGCGAACCGCGCAUGAUCGAUUUCAUGUUUUGGCCUUGGGCCGAAAGGGCCCCGCUGUUUGAGAGACUGUUCCCCGGAAAGGUGCCCAAUGCCGAGGCGUUGCCGAACUUGUACUCGUGGUGCGCCGCGAUGCGUGAGCAUCCCAUUCUGAUUAAAGAAAAGACGAAGGAGGACUCUCUGAUCUUAAUUCAUGAUAUGAUUCGGGAGGGUAAAACUAAGGAAAUCGAUUUUGAUAUAUAAAUAAAGAGACCACUGUGCUCUUAUUAAUAA